AUGAGUAUGAUUACUCGUUUCUCGAGGUUUGGAAUCUUCACCAAAGGGCGAGGUCAGCCUGAGCCCAGUGCGAGCGUGGUGAAUUCGAAUAAAGGAAUUGUUUCUGGCGAUGAAAGAAGUGCCGGCAAGUAUCUUUUUGUGGUUUAUUACAUUUCUGAAGUGCUUAUUUCGUUUUAUUUUUUAGAAACUUCUCAGAAUCCGAUUCAGAAGUUAACCGAAGAAUCUGACACCUCUCUGAAGAAUACAGUAACCCUUGAGACCACCCAGCCUACAUAUUUUGGAUACCUUUCUGGCGUUGUAAGCUCAUUAUGGAAUCCUGCACAACACAAAGUUGAGAAUGGCGAGCAUCAUGUUACUCCACCGCCAGUAAAAGAAAAGUAAGUUGAUCAUCAAGUUGGGUAUCAUUUUUUUUCAGAAAGACCAAGAUAAUUGUAAAGAAAGUUAGCCGAACUGAGGUUGUCGGGAGGACUCAGAAUCUUGCCCAGUCGUUAUUGCUAUCAAAUUCCGAAGAGGAAAGAUCUCAGCACACUGAUGAAUUUAUUAAACAUCUUAUCGAAUUCCCGGCCAGCCGAUUAGUUGCAGUCCAGAGAGUAUGUGUAAAAGUCAUGUAUUAAUAUCACCCAUCCGUUUUCAGUUUCCAGAAUUAAUUGCACACUUGUUGAAACAAGAAAAAAUUUCGACAGAUGAAUCGCUCAAAGGACUUACUCGAAGAUGCCUAGCUUUACUGGGUUACGUGAAGCCACUGAAGGGAUCCGGUAUCAGAAUCCUCUCAAUUGAUGGAGGAGGGACUCGGGGAAUGAUGGGCCUUGAAGUUCUGGCUGAACUAGAGAAGGACCUGGGAUCAAAAGUAAGCCCCGUCCAUGUUUCUCUCGAACUUAUACUUGAAACAUGAUUCGUUGUUUUAGAUAUGCAAUCAUUUUGAUUUGAUCUGUGGAGUCAGUACCGGAGCUAUUAUUUCCGUUCUCCUUGGAGCCAAAAGAAUGCAUGUCCAGUCAGCCAAGGAUAUCUAUAAGGAUAUUUCGACCGAACUCUUUAAUCAAGGGAAGAUUUCGGGAGUCAGCGGUCUUCUGAUGUCCCAUUCCUACUAUAAUACGAAGAAAUGGGUUGAGAUCCUGCAAAAGACUUUAGGACAAGAACAAGUUUUGGACACGGCUCAGCAUCAAGACGCCGUCAAGAUCGCUGUGGUUUCAUGUAUUGUGAAUGCCGCUCAAUUACAGCCAUUUGUGUUCAGAAAUUACGAACACCCUGCAGGCAGGGACAGCCAUUUCAGAGGCGCCACCCAACACAAACUUUGGCAAGCCAUCCAGGCAUCGGCCGCCGCUCCAGGCUACUUUGAGGAGGUAAGCAAUCAAGGAAUCAAUAGAAUACUUUUUAUUCACAUUUAA